UUCGCGGUAAAAUGAAUUUCUCCGGAAACAACACGAUCCACGGUGCGCUCCCGCAAUUUUCGGAAUUAACGUCUCGAUCGAGCACGGUUUCCACAUCGAAAUUCAGCAGCAGUGAUAAUACUCAAGCAGAGCAAACCACUGUUUAUACAACCGCUGCUGGCCUGAAUCAAACAAAACAAAGUUUAUUGGUGAAUUCAACGAACAAGUAUGCAGCACCGAUAUUAGCAUGGCCAGAUCCAAAUACUUUGAUGCAGCUUUGCGAGAAGCAAGGCAUUCAAACAAUUAACAUUCCUAAUUACAAUCAAAAUAACACAAUACUCAGUGUCCAAUCGAAUAGUUUACCAGUAAGGAUUAUACCUAACGUGUACUUGCCAUCAACCUCACAAUCGGACGUUAUAAAACAGGAGUUGGAUACAAGGACUGAGAAUGAAAAACAAACAUCUACAAUGCAAGAUUCACAAGUCCAACUUCAGCAACAAAGUGCCAUGGCAGAGUAUUUUCAAAAGUUGCAAGCUACUACUCUUCCAUUAACAUUGCAGCAAUUGAUUAAACUCCAAACGGAACAGGUGAAAAAAGAAAAGACUGAAGAGGAGAAAGUGGAGCACACACAGAAUAAUAUUCUCAACAUUCCUAGUGUUCCAGUAUUUAGAAAUACUCAUACACAAAAUGGAAAUAACACUUUUAUUAAUUCAGAUCAAUUGAUAGUGUCCAUAAAUCCUAAUGACCUAAAUAUUCAAGUAGAAAAUCAGCAGGAGACUGAGAAUGCAGUACAAAUUGUUAAGGUUGAACAGCAAAUACAAACUGACUCGCCAAAAACCGAGAAAAAGAUGAAAUUCCGGGCGAAAACAGGAGAAAUAAAAAUCAGUCUUGCCUUGGAUGGUUCGACACUUUACUGUUGCCCAGAAUGUAAUUUAGCAUUUCCGGAUAAAACAGAAAUUGAACAACAUAUACAAGCUCAUAUACAAGAACGCAAGUAUCAAUGCAAAGAAUGUGGAGCCAUGUUGAAACGGAAAGAGCAUCUCGAUCAACACAUGCGUGGCCAUUCAGACGAGAGACCAUUUAAGUGUCCAGUGUGCCACAAAGCGUUUAAAAGAAACGAACACCUAACGAGGCAUUAUGUUAUUCAUUCUGGUGAUAAGAAUUUCUCGUGUUCGGUAUGUCAGAAAGCCUUCUCUAGGAAGGAUCAUCUGAACAAACAUACUCAAACGCACCUAGGAAUUAGGAGGAACCGAACGAAGAAGGAUUCGUUCUUCGUGGAGCAAAAGGAGUCUUUUGAAAAAGCUACUGAGGUUUCCACGACGCCUAAACAAGAAGUGAGCUUUGUUCUGAAAGAUGGGGGCUUUAUGAAGCAAGAGCCUAAUUUUCUGCAAUAUAUACAGAAUCUUCAAAAGGAUCAAAAUCUGAUCCACACAUUCUCCUCGUUUAAAGAGCAAGCAACGACCGUACUGCAGCAACAAGCAGUAAACAUGAACGAGAUUCUGCCUCAGAAUACAAGGUACUUAAUGCCGUCUUAGUCGUAAAUGAGCUCGUCUAAAUCCAAAGCAAUAAAGGCUGUUCAUGUAGGAUCGUCGGGGUUAGCACAAAAUAGAAAAUUGGUUAGACAUAUGUUAGGAAUUGAAAACGUAUUCUAGAAUUCGAAUUGUAAAAUCUUUUAAGAAGGCAGCACUAGGAAACUGAGGUGCAAUUACCAAAUGAACAUUCAUGUAAAUUUUCAUCAUGUAAAAAUCGGCGGUGAUCGGGUCAUUGAACUAUAAUUAGAUUCUAGAUGAACUUGAGAAGUUCAUUCAGUUUUUUUAACUCUUAUGAAUAGUACCUUAUGUUUCCGCCUUUAGUGGACACAUUAUGAACCAUGAAUAAGUUCCGUUAUUUGCAGGAAAUAGUAACAUUUAACAAUAGUCUACCAUAAAGCCUGAAUGAGUCUAAUAAUAAGUUUAAAUAAAUUAAAUAAAAAAAAUACGACAUUAAUUUAAAAAGAAAUGAGCAACCUAUGUAAGAGCACACUAAUCGUCUUAUUUAAAUUAGUUUUAAAGCAAAUAGUUUGUUUACUGAUUCUAGUCUACGAUCACAGAUGAAAGCCGAACGCAGGUCGCCGAACUUGAAUUUUUUAUUGUGACUUGCAAUAGGAAAUCUCUUUUUAAUUUUUUCUUUUAAUGAAGUCGAGUUUCGUGUAUAUGUUUGUGACCUAGAAUGGAGUACGUUUGAACGAUAAUCAACUAUUAGUAGCAUCGAAAUUGCCAAUCUGUCGUUAGGUUAAUUUCGAAGCGAGUAUCAAUAGCAGGUAAUAACAUACUGCCAAUAAAUAUGGUUAAAAAAGUUUGUAGAAUAAUUGUGUAUAUAAGUGCUAUACAAAUUUUACCUGAUGAAGACUCAGUAGGUACAUAUGUUGUUUGAUCUCUGAUUCGUCCGUGUUCAUCUUUAACAAGUAUGUAUAUAUAUAUAUAUAUAUACAUAUGCAUAUAUAUUUUACAUAGACAUUUAUCAUCAUUAUAAUUCACCUUUUAUUUCUUUCCCUACUUUCUCAUGCACGAAUUGGACAAACAGAUAUUUUUUAUACAUAUAAAUAUUUACCUACCUUUCAGUAAAAAAUAUUCUUACCACAUGAUUAUUUUUUAUUCCUUUCUUUUACAAAUGGAUUUUUUAAGGCAAAAGCAAUAAGAAUUUUUAAUUGAAUAUAUUUUUACUUUUAGUUUAAAAAAUAUAACUUUAUCUUCUAGAGAUUUUUUCUAGUAACGUAGCUUAUAUCUCGCGUUGCAAUUAUGUAUCAUUUUUUGUAAAAGUUUAAGAAGUGCUUUAGAGGAAAGGAAGAUUACUUUGCUCAAUGUUUCAAGAUUUUUUGUUUUCUUGUACCAAAGAAUAUAUAUCCCUUGAUUAGUGUUUUCAAAUGAAAGCAAUAUAUUAUUGCUGAACUAACAAUGUUUGAUAGACUUUUUCUUAUGUUUUUUAUUUUAGAUUCAGAGAAGUUCCCAUUAUUUUUGACUCACUCGCGACUCAUUUUUACUGAAACUCACACCAUUAUCCAUGAAAGAGUUUAGCCACAUUCUUCAUUUCAUACAGAACAAAUUUCCAAAAAAAAAAAAAAAAAAAAAAAAACGUGUUUGUUGCACGAUGGAUCUUUUAUAUUUAUUCGAUUAUCUUUUAACUAUGUAAUAAAAAGGAUAUGAUAAAAAAUUGCUCAAGAAUAAUUUUGGAAUGGAAACGGUAAAUUGUCGAAAAAUUAAAGUGAAUGAAGUUUUACGAAACCAAUUUUAAUUCGUCCUUCAACUUUGACAAAAAGGAAACUGUUAUAAUGGGACAGUCUUUUAAUAAUAUAAUAAUAUAGCUUAACUAUAUAUUCUAUAUCUUCUCUAUUAUGUGUUAGAUAAAUUUGAAAUACAUUUCGAUCUAGGUUUUUUUUUUACAUUGACUAGUUUUUUGACAAUUUACUGAACUAUCUAUGGUGGAACAUGCUUUGAAAUAUUUCCACACGCUGUAGGUUUUGGAAUAUGUGAUUACAAUUGAAUUAUGACUAGGUGUUAACCUUUGAAAUGUCUGCUAGAUACACAUGAGAUUAGAGUGAGUAACUGCGGAUGGCGCUAAAGAUAAGACUAAUACUUCGUUGUAAUAGAACCAAAGAUGUUCGUGAGAAUAGCAGUAUUUUGUCUCUUCCUCCUAAACUUCUUUCAACUUCCUGUUUUACUUAGCCCUGGAUGGUAAACAGUCAAAUAUUCUCCUAAAUUCUGAUGCAGUUUUACUUGCGAUACAGUGAUAAAUAAUAUAAUUCGUUAAAAAAAAAAAAAAAGGAAUAAUGCGCUGUCCAAAAUCUAUCAAUAGGAUUCACUGUCCUGGGUUACGAAAACAGCGCUAAUCUUUCCACUAAAGUUAAUGAAAUAGUACGUAAGUUUUCGAUGUCCAUGUUUGUGGCCAUAUUUUGUGGACAUCGCACAUAAGAUGAUACAAUAACGAAGUAUUUUAAAAUAGAUACGCGUUUGCGACAAGGUGUUACUCUUCGAUCUAUUGUUAUGUAUAGUAAUAAUACGGUGAUUGCCAAAAAAAAAAAAAAAAAAAAAGGAAAAGGAAGAGAUGAUAAAAGAAAGAAGAUGAAUGAAGAAAAAGUAACACAUGUAUUUUUCAGACCAAGAUAUUUUUGAAUAAAAUAAGUGUAAAGAAAA